GUGAUAAAAAAGAAACCAUUUUAAGUUUACAGCAUGGAAAGCACAAAGGAGAAGAAUGACAAUCACAAAGAUAAUCUUUUGCUUCGUGUGGGACUUAAUGAUAAUAAAGCAGGAAUGGAAGGAUUAGAUAAAGAGAAAAUUAACAAAAUUAUAAUGGAAUCCACAAAGGGGUCCAGAUUUUAUGGAAAUGAGCUCAAGAAGGAAAAGCAAGUCAACCAACGAAUUGAAAAUAUGAUGCAACAAAAAGCUCAAAUUACCAGCCAGCAGCUAAGAAAAGCACAGUUACAGGUUGACAAAUUUGCAAUGGACUUAGAGCAGAGCCGGAAUUUGAACAAUACCAUAGUGCAUGUUGACAUGGAUGCUUUCUAUGCAGCUGUAGAAAUGAGGGACAAUCCAGAAUUGAAGGAUAAACCCAUUGCUGUAGGAUCAAUGAGUAUGUUGUCUACUUCAAAUUACCAUGCAAGAAGAUUUGGUGUUCGUGCUGCCAUGCCAGGAUUUAUUGCUAAGAGACUCUGCCCACAACUUAUUAUAGCCCCAAACUUUGACAAAUAUAGAGCUGUGAGUAAAGAGGUUAAGGAAAUACUUGCUGAAUAUGAUCCUAAUUUUAUGGCCAUGAGUCUUGAUGAAGCCUACUUGAAUAUAACAAAGCACUUACAGGAAAGACAAGACUGGCCUGAGGACAAAAGAAGAUAUUUUAUCAAAUCAGGAAACUCUGUAGAACAUGACAGAUGUGGAAAGGAAGUUAAUAAACUCAGCGAGCAUGGGCGGUCCAUCUCUCCACUGCUUUUUGAAGAUAGUCCUCCUGAUUUGCAGCCGCCAGGGAAUUCUUUCCAAGCAAACUUUGAAGAACAAAACAAUUCUCAAAUACUUCAAAAUUCCAUUGUUUUUGGAACAUCAGCUGAGGAAGUGGUAAAGGAAAUUCGUUUCAGAAUUGAGCAAAAAACAGCACUGACAGCCAGUGCAGGCAUUGCCCCCAAUACAAUGUUAGCAAAAAUAUGUAGUGAUAAGAAUAAACCAAAUGGACAAUACCAAAUUCUCCCCAUCAGACAAGCAGUGAUGGACUUCAUCAAGGACUUACCUAUUAGAAAGGUUUCUGGAGUAGGAAAAGUUACAGAGAAAAUGUUAAAGGCCCUUGGAAUUUCUACCUGCACAGAACUCUACCAACAGAGAGCAUUGCUUUCUCUUCUUUUCUCUGAAACAUCUUGGCAUUAUUUCCUUCAUAUCGCCCUAGGUCUAGGUUCAACAGACCUGGCAAGGGAUGGAGAAAGGAAAAGUAUGAGCGUUGAGAGGACAUUCAGUGAGAUAAGUAAAGCAGAAAAACAAUACAGUUUGUGCCAAGAACUUUGCAGUGAACUCGCUCAAGAUCUCCAGAAAGAAGGACUUAAGGGUAGAACUGUUACCCUUAAGCUGAAAAAUGUGAAUUUUGAAGUAAAAACUCGGGCAAGUACAGUUUCAUCCGUUGUUUCUACUGCAGAAGAAAUAUUUGCCAUUGCUAAAGAGUUGUUAAGAACGGAAAUUAAUUCUGAUUUUCCACAUCCCUUGAGAUUAAGACUUAUGGGUGUUCGGAUGUCUAGUUUUCACAGUGAAGAAGACAAGAAGCACCAACAGAAGAGCAUUGUUGGCUUCUUACAGGCUGGAAACCAAGCCCUGACAGCCACUGGGUGUGAACUAGAGAAAAUUGACAAAGACCAGUUUGUAAAACCUUUAGAAACAUCUCAAAAGAAGAGUUUCUUUGAUAAAAAACGAUCAGAAAGGAUAUGGAGCCAUCAAGACAAAUCCAAACAUGAAACUGUGGAUAAACAAAGUUUACAGACAUCACAACCAUUCCACAUUUUAAAGAACAUGAAUGAGAAUCUAGAAAUAUCAGAUUAUUCAGACAACUGUCAGUUAUUUACUUGUCCAGUUUGCUUUAGGGAACAAGGAAGAAUCAGUUUGGAGGCCUUUAAUAAGCACGUAGAUUCAUGUCUUGAUGGACUUUCAGCCAGUGAGAGUUCUAAAGUGUCCUCUUACUCAUGUGCUUCCUCUGCUGAAGUUAGCCAGAAAGAAAAUGCACAUCACUCCUUUUCACUUUGUGAGAAGCAAGAUUAUGAUGCCCAUCAGAACAAGGCAGGAGUGACUUCAGUAGAUUAUGUGGAUUUGGUAGAGACCAGAGGUAACUCAUCCCAUGCAGAAAGUGUGGGCACUUUCAGGAAUGAGCACAGCACAGAGGAGUGUUCUGAUCUCCCAAACAAGUCUUCUUGUCUUGGUUUAGUAGAAAAUGAAGAUGAAAUGUUGUUAAGUGGGCAAGGAUCCCUUCAACCUUGUAGAUACGAAGUGACAACUGGCCAAGUUCUCGUUUGUCCUGUUUGUCACCUGGAACAAAAGACUGCAGAUCUUGCACUAUUCAACGUGCAUGUGGAUGUUUGCUUAAAUAAAGGUAUCAUCCAAGAGCUGAGCCAUGAGGCUAGCCCAGUGAGCCAGCCCAGAGGACACUCCAGCAGUGCUGGUAACUCAAGCAGAGUACAGAAGACUGUAACAAAAGCAAAAAGGCCAGGACUGAUGACAAAGUACUCAGCAUCAAAGAAAAUAAAACCAAACAACCCCAGACAUACCCUUGACAUAUUUUUUAAAUGA